UUUGAAAUUUUCAAACACUCAAAAAACAAUGUAAAGCUUUCACAGCACACCAAUCACCAAACACUUUUUUUUUAUUCUACAAAAACAUCACCGUUUUCUUUCAACUACUCCUUUUAUAUUCAAAUAUCCGUUCCCAUAACCUCUUCCUUCCAUUGCAUCUUUUACUUUUCUUCUUCUUUUUUCUCUCUUAUUUUUUGUCUUCUUACCACCAUAUCUUCAUCAAUGUCUUCGCUUAGAUCACUCGUUUCAUUGAGCUCUCUUAUCGAUGGCGUUGCCGAUAAUGAUAGUCUCACUACCAAUUUUGUUCCUGGUGAGAUUCAUGUCAUUCUCGGUCCUAUGUUUGCUGGUAAAACCACUGCUCUUCUUCGUCGUAUCAAAUCUGAGUGUAACAUUGGCAGAAAUGUUGCGAUGAUAAAAUCAAGCAAGGAUACACGAUAUGCAAAGGAUUCAGUUGUUAGUCAUGAUGGAGUCAAAUACCCAUGUUGGGCAUUACCAGACCUCUCUUCAUUUAAAGAAAAAUUCGGCUCUGAUGCUUAUGAUAAGGUGCAAGUGAUUGGGAUUGACGAAGCCCAAUUCUUUGAUGAUCUAUAUGAAUUUUGCUGUGAAGUUGCUGAGCAAGAUGGGAAGACUGUAGUUGUUGCUGGAUUAGAUGGUGAUUACUUGAGGAGGAGUUUUGGAUCUGUGCUUGAUGUAAUACCACUGGCUGAUACUGUAACAAAGUUGACAGCUCGUUGUGGUAUUUGUGGCAAACGAGCUUUCUUUACUCUACGAAAGGUAGAGGAAACACAGACAGAGUUAGUAGGCGGAGCUGAGGCGUACAUGCCUGUAUGCCGCCAGCAUUAUGUGAAUGGACAAGCAGUCGUUGGUGUUGCACGAAGCGUGCUCGAAACUAGCCAAAUUAGUCAAGUCCAGAAGGGGAUUUCUGUUGAGCCACAGACAGCAUGUGCCUUGUAAACUGAUUCAUUAUUGUCUGAGGAACAUCAACCCUUGUUUGUUACUUGUUAGUUACUCCAUUUGGUGUUGGCUACUACUACUACUAUUACUACUACUACUAUUAGAUUAUACUAUAUUAACCAAGUAGGUUGUGGAAUCUUGCUUAUAAUUGUUCUUGUGUUGUAUAUAGGAUGGAGUUACUUUUGUUUGGUGGUUAGCCUUGUGCAGUUGCUCAUGCCAGAUUAUCUUAGCUGAUGUUUCUAUGAAUUGCUUAAGCUUUACAAAUGAAGUAAAUUGUUAAUGUACUGUAUGUUGGCUAUAAGUUACUAUUUUAAUCAUCAUAAUGUUGUAAUCUUUCGAGUAUUCACUGUUAUAUAAGUCCCUUUUAUUGUUUUGCACUCU